CUUACACAAAAUUUGACAGCUUUCGUCAGAGGACGAUUUUCGUGCGAAGAAAUCUUCGCUGAUUGCGGUUUAUUUUGUUUCCGCACCGUAUCGUUGGGUAAUUUUCAUCGUCCCAGCAAUGGCUUCAUCCGAGACCGGGGGCGUUAAGCCGAUGUCCAUCACGGGCCGCAUGGUUCGUGAGCGGGAACGGCUGCUGGGUAUGAGCCCAGAGGAACGUGCCUGGAGAGCGCAGUGGCUGAAGGAUCAGCAUUUGUCCCCGAACGAACCGAAGUACGUGCCGGAGUACUGGAAGGAGCGGUAUAAUCCGAUUCGCCGUGCCUAUCGCGCUCCCCUGAAUAUGGUCCAGAACGUCCUCACGCCGGUUAUUGGUCUUGAAUGGGCUCACGCUGUACGUUUCUGGACGGGCAAAAUAGCACUGAGUGCUUUUGUUGUUCUCUCGACUGCCUACUAUUUCAAGUACAACCAGAAUGAUUGGACUCGCAAGGGUGGCUGGCGAGUAAUUCACUCACGUGAAGCGGUGGUGCCAGGAGAUCCAGGCUAUCCGAACUUCCCGAAGCGCGAUACUCCGGCAGACUACGCCGCCAGAGGCUUCAAGCAGUCGCCCAUCUAAAUUUUGCCGAAUCGCAUCAAUUCAGUGGUCGAUAUGUAUGUAGAUAAUAAAUAACGAAACGGCACGAUGCUAAAGCAUUCUCUUGAUUUGGGGUUAUACUGAACUAAA